ACAUGGCAUGUUACUGUCGGUGUACAGUUAUAUUUUUAUUCGGCCAGUUUUAAAUAUUGUAAGUGGGGUUUGCCAAAUUAAAGGGGCUGUUUUUAUUUUAUUCAACUUUGGCAAUCCUGAAUGGAACUACUGGAUGGAAUGAACAGAAGUGUCUGUUACCAAAACGUCAUGUUUCACACAGCAGAGAGAGUCAUGGCAGAAGAAAGUUCGAGUAGAAGUGUAGUUUCUACUGUUAACAGCCGUAGCUUCUAUGUCCGACAGGGCCUUUCCUCUCAAGGCAAAGGACCAAGAGGAGGGAUAUUCAGCCUGACAGAUACGGAGGAGGACGUUCAGUUUGAUACCUCAGACUCAGACAAUAACUGUGAAGUGUUGCUGGCGGGGAGACAGUAUUCAUCGAUCCAGGAAUUUGCCUCUGUCAUUCCCAACCAACUGCUGCUGGGAUCUCUACUGGAACACUUGUGUUUUGUUUACGAGCAUGAUCCUACACGCUCACGUAUGCUGUUUAAGGUGAUAGGCCAGCGUUUAGCUGCCAUGAACCUCCUGUCUCCACUCGCUAUCAGUGAUGAGUUUAGUACAGUCAGACUGCAGCAUAACCGGGCAUUCACAGAGCUCCUGCAUGCGGCCAGCUCAUCACUAUUCCCCCAGGAACAUAGAUACUUGAGUACAGAAGGCCAGAACCUAAGAACCAAAGACGGUCUUUUCCAAGCACAGACAUCCCGUUACCUUAGUGAAUUUGAAGAAAUUGCAACACUGGGUAAAGGAUCCUAUGGCAAAGUGUUUAAGGUCACAAACAAGCUUGAUGGUCAGGAAUAUGCAGUAAAAAAAAUUCUCAUCAAGAAAGUAACAAGAGAUGACUGCGUGAAGGUUCUUAGAGAGGUUAAAGUGCUCUCCAGUCUUCAGCAUCCUAAUAUUGUUGGAUAUCACACAGCAUGGAUGGAGCAUGUUCAGCCUGCAGUGAAAAAUCCAAAAUCUCUUGUUUCACAAACAUUUGCAGCAUUAGAGAAACCUUUACAGAAAGAUGGGUGCACACAGGAAAGCACUAACAGCAGCAAUGGAUCGUCCAUUGUCUUUGAACAUUCUGAACAAGGAGAAGGCAAAGAAAAUCAGGUUGCAUUAGAGAUCCUCUCAGUGAAACCCUCAACUUCAAAAGAAGAGAUGGGACAUGCUGUUUGCCCCAAAAAUGUCCGCAACCCACAAAACUUUGUUCCAUGUGUGUUUCUGGGAAAGCCUCGCGCCAUGGUAAACAAAUGCCCUGUAGCUAAAUGGGACAGCUCAACGCUGUCAGAGGAUGACCUCAGUCAAAACAGACAGGUACUGAACAAUAACUCUUCCAUUGAUAUGGAUGCUCCCGAAUGGUCUGAAACGCAGGCACACGAGGUUCAGUUCCACUUAAUGCUUUAUAUACAAAUGCAGCUAUGUGAGCGAUCUUUGAAAGAUUGGAUACAGGAAAGAAACUCAAGGAUCACAGAGGGACUCUUGAUGUCAGUAGAUCCUUGUGAGUCAAUUGACUCUGAAUACACAUUGAAAAUCUUAAAGAAAAUACUUGAAGGAGUGGAGUACAUUCAUUCCCGUGGUAUUAUGCAUAGAGACCUUAAGCCGAGAAACAUUUUCCUUCAUGGACCUGAGUGUCAUGUGAAGAUCGGGGAUUUUGGAUUGGCUUGCCGGAACUUAAUAAUGGAUGAACAUGAGCAGCUGCCCUCCAGCUCUCAAGCAGGUGUAAACACAGACUCUGCUCACACUAGUGGAGUAGGAACUUUUGUUUAUGCUUCCCCAGAACAACUUGAGGGUUCUCACUAUGAUUCAAAGUCAGAUCUGUACAGCAUAGGAGUUAUUGCAUUUGAGUUAUUCCAGCCAUUUGGGACCGAGAUGGAGCGUGUGCACACACUUGGAGAACUACGACAGGGAAAUAUCCCUAAUGUGCUGACCAAAAACUGGCCACUUUUGGCCACGUAUAUCACCCUACUGACCAGUACUGAUCCUUCAAUGCGACCAAGUGCAUCUCAGUUACUUCAGAGUGACCUCUUGAGCACCAAUGACAUGGUUAUUCACAGUUUGAAAUGCAAGAUUGAUGAACAAGAACAGGAAAUUGUUCAGCUCAAGAGACAGAUCAGUGAACUACGGAUCUCUCAAAAUGCAAUACACAGUCCAGAAAAGAUAUAAUAAUAGUAACUUUUUUGAACUGCCAUAAGUGCUCAAUAUAUGUACAUUAUGUAAAUUGUUGUUUGGAGAUUGUUGUAUGUUUGACGUCUGCUUUGCUUGUAUGUAUAUAAAAGAGUGCCAUAUUUAACUUGACAAGAGGUUUGUAAAGUAAAGUCCCAUGCCAAUGUUGCA